CUCGCCCAAAUAACUCUUUCCCUCCGAAUCGCUUUGUUCGAACAAGCCAGAAGUGGGCCCUUGCGUGAAGCCCAUGGGCUUGCAAUGUCUUGGCCCUCAUCAGCAAUCCGACAAGACCGGUCCGACCAUUUGGCCGAGGAGAUCAGCUUACCAAGGCUGCAAAUUGUUGUCUUUCCCGCCACCGAUGUCCAAACCUCUAUCGUUGCAGAAGCUGCGAGCUCUCUUGAACCCGCUCGUCCUCCAUUCCCCAUCUCACCCUUCCUCUUACGCCCCCAUCUUCGAGCUCCUGACCGGCUGCAACCUCCCGAGGCUUGGCCAGCAAGUCCAUGCGUUCAUCGCCCUCCUCGGGGUGGAGCCCAAUGCGUUCCUCGGCGCCAAGAUGGUCGCCAUGUACGCGAGCUCGGGCGAUCUCGACUCCGCCGUGCUCGUCUUCGGCAGAACCCGGAACCCGAAUCGUCUGCUCUAUAACUCCAUGGUCAGAGCCUAUUCGAAAUACGGGUGUUCGAAGGAAUGUGCGGAGGUUUACCGGUUAAUGCACAAAGGUGGGUUCUUUGGGGAUAACUUUACUUUCCCUUUUGUGCUAAGAUGUUGCGCUGAUCUGAGGAGCCUUUGGAUGGGGAAGUGCGUUCACGGGCAGAGCUUGAGGGCCGGCUGCGAUCUCGACAUGUAUGUGGGGACUUCGUUGAUUGAUAUGUACGUGAAGUGCAGUGACCUGGGGGAUGCGCGUCAGGUGUUUGAGGAAAUGCCCUACAGAGAUGCUUCCUCUUGGAACGCUCUGAUCAAUGGGUACAUGAAGGUCGGGAAGGUCAGCCUUGCCAAAGAGUUGUUUCAGGCAAUGCCCUGCAAGAACAUUGUCUCAUGGACUGCGAUGGUAUCGGGUUACACCCAGAACGGGCUAGGGGAGGAGGCAUUGGGAGUUUUCUAUGAAAUGUUGAGAGAAGAAUCUGAGAUAAAGCCCAACUGGGUUACCAUUAUGAGCGUUCUCCCUGCUUGUACUCACUCAGCAGCUCUCGAGCGUGGAAGAAAGAUCCAUGACUAUGCUCGUCAAAUUGGGUUGGACUCAAAUCCUUCUGUUAGGAUAGCUCUCAUUGGGAUGUAUGCUCGGUGUGGGAGCCUCGAUGAAGCUCGUUGCUGCUUUGAUAAAUUACACGGGAACGAGAAGAACUCUGUAGCGUGGAAUACUAUUAUUACGGGUUACGCAUCUCAUGGGCGUGGAGAGGAUUGUGUUUUUACUUUUGAGGAGAUGGUCAGAAAUGGGGUUAAACCCGACAGUGUUACUUUCACGGGACUCUUGUCUGGUUGUAGCCAUUCUGGUCUCACUGAUGUUGGGUUAAAGUACUUUGAUAGCAUGAGCCGGGUUUUCUCUGUCGAACCAAGAAUUGAGCACUAUGCUUGCGUGGUAGAUCUCUUGGGCCGUGCAGGGAGACUGGUGGAGGCAAAGGACCUUAUUGAUCGAAUGCCGAUGGAGGCAGGGGCGAGCAUAUGGGGAGCUCUGUUAGCUGCUUGUAGGAAGAAUAGGAACUUGGAGUUGGCGGAAUUGGCUGUUCGGAAGCUCUUUGUGAUAGAGCCCGAAAACACGGGAAACUAUGUCUUGCUCUCUAACAUGUAUGCUGAGGCAGGGAUGUGGAAGGAAGUGAACAGUCUUAGGAAUAUCGUUAAAAGCUUGGGGAUGAAGAAGAGUCCUGGUUGCAGUUGGAUCGAGAUCGAUGGGAAAGCGCAUCUAUUUCUUGGUGGGGACACUUCACAUCCUCAGUCCAGAGAGAUCUACCUCUUUCUCGAGGCUUUGCCCAAUAAGAUCAAGUCGCAAGGCUAUAUGCCCAACACGACUUUUGCUCUUCACGAUGUGAGUGAAGAGGAGAAAGAGCAUAACCUUAACACGCACAGUGAGAAGCUUGCAGUGGCUUUCGGGAUUCUUAAUACAGAGCCUGGGGCAGUUCUCAGAGUGACUAAGAAUCUCCGGAUCUGUGGAGACUGCCAUACGGUGAUUAAGUUCGUGUCGAGGAUAUAUGAGAGGGAGAUUGUCGUGAGAGAUGUGAGCCGGUUCCAUCACUUCAAGGAUGGGUCCUGCUCUUGUGGCGACUAUUGGUGAGGACUUGGGCAGUAUUCGAUAGUGUCAGAACAACAUACCUGAUUCUUUAUUAAGCCACCUUCAUCAAUAAAGUAAGCUUUAAAAGCA